AUGUAUCAGGUCGCUCAGCAACAGAAUUUAGAGCAUUUUGACAAACUAGAGGAGUUUGUCACUCAAGUUACAAAGGUGAUUCCAGAGCUUCUGAGUGCAAGGCAAAGGACAACGCUGAUUUUGGGCUUGAGGGCAAAGAUGAUUUUGGAGAUGUGCAAGGGUGAGAUACCGAUUGACCUAAAGACAGUCAAGGCCCAUCUAAGCGGGAUUCAGUCUUUAAACAUGUCGGAGUCUAGUGAUUCGGAGGUCAAUGCAUUACAAACCAACUUGAUGAAGCUUGUGAUGAGUCUUUUAGAAGAUCCCCUGAAAAAGGAACACUUUUAUCAGGAGGUGUUUCCGGUUGAGUAUGGUCUUGACUUUGACAAAGCACUACAGGUUCUGAUAGGCUACCUUCUCUCCAGACUGGAACAGCUGCUGCCUGUGCCAAACUUUAAACAGGCUGCGUAUUAUCUUAACGCUGCUCCCUCUGAGUGUAUGCAGACUGACUGUCAGCCUGAGCUGUUGCUGUCUUUGCUCAAAAGUAAUUACUGUGGAAACUUGGAUAAGAAUGAUCUCCCAUCAAUAGUAGUAGACAGAAUCAUCUCCUCCCUGUCUCUUCCUCCUGUGACUGAAGUGGUCAUCUCCAGUUUUGGAAACACUGAUGAGGAUCUUCGUUCCCUUCUCAGCUCUGAAGGCCCAGCCCAGGUCAGUUCGAAUUUGUGCCAAGAAGAAGAUCCAAAGUGCCAAAAGGUUGAAGAGGUGGAAUUCCAAAACUGUUUUGGAGAGGAAGAUGUGGAUAAAUUUGGGCAAGGAGUGGAAAAAAUUAGGUUGGCAACAAAAGAAACACAGAGUAGUGCUUGUUCUUCCCCUGAAGAUGAUGGAGAACCAACCUAUGAAGCAGUGAACGACGCAGCUACCUCACCUGUGGCCACAAAGAUCACCCUACCUUUGGAUGUGCACUCUUGUGCUGUUGCUAAUAAAGGAAACCAGAAAGUGAAUUCUCAAAAAAUGUACAGUAAGACCCCGAUAAGACAGAAUGUUACAGCAUCCAAGCCAAAGCCUCAGAUGUUGCUGUCUGAAUCUUUACAGCAGAGGAUUAUCUCUGAACUGACUGGCUCAACCAGCUCACCUUUGGUCAGACUCUCAAAAACUGUUCAAACAGGCAGUUCCAUUCAAGUACUUCCUGAGAGUGCAACUGAAGUUACACGCCCCAUCUCUGCUCACACUCAGCCUCCUUCAUGUUCAGCUGAGUGUAUCUCUCAGAGCUGUCUGCCCAUCAGUGGAGACAUGCAGCAGUGGGUCCAUACAAAUGUUCCCAGUGUGGACUGUAUUUCAAAACACCUCGGCAUGCUGCUACUCACAAGCGCAGACAUUAUAUGA